AUGUCACAAAGUCCUCACAACAUCGGUUCACCAUUGUCCUCACCUGACGGAACCUCGCGCAGCUCGGGCCUUGAAGAUGAAUCGGGGCAAGUUAGUCUCGAGCGAAAGUUACGUAGAGAAUUACGUAAAAGGCAGC